UUCUCGGUGGGGGGAUAAGAAUCAAGCUUUUUGUGUUCUGGUUUGGAGAGAUGGGGUGGUGGGUGAGGAGUUGUGUGCAGACCAUGCUGAAAGUGGUGAACUCGGUGAUAGGAAUGACGGGGAUGGCCAUGAUUCUCUAUGCUCUUUGGAUGAUCAGGGCGUGGCAAAGGACAAUCCAUGGAUCAUGGGUUCUCUAUGGCACGGACUCUUCCCCUCCAUGGUUCAUCUACACUUUUCUCGGUCUAGGAAUUUCUUUGUGCUUGAUAACAUGCUCUGGCCAUAUCGCUGCAGAAGCUGCUAAUGGACAUUGCCUUUCAUGUGUAUCCUUCAAUAAGUACAUGCUAUUUAUCUUACUCCUCGUUUUGCUGGAAGCUGCUAUCACUGCAGAUGUAUUUUUAAACCCAAACUGGGAAGAGGAUUUCCCCCAAGAUCCAACUGGGAGGUUUGAUGAGUUCAAGAAUUUUGUGAAUUCAAACUUUGAGAUGUGCAAAUGGAUAGGCUUUUCAAUCAUCGGUGCACAGGUUCUAUCAAUUUUACUAUCCAUUGUUCUCCGAGCUCUUGGUCCCGAUGAUGGAGAUUACUAUGACAGCGAUGAUGAUUCUGACCCCCCGCGCCUUCCUCUGUUGAGACGCCAAGUUCAGCAGCAAGCUCCAAUUUCACCUGAAUCUCCUCCAUCUGUUAAAUACACUUUCUGGAAUGGUGGUAAUAGGGGUUGAGUUUUCCAGUGGUGGUGCUGCAAUUCAUCUGCAGAAAAGAAAGUGGUUUGGGUUGUUGGAUAUCUGUUGUUUGUUUAGUGUUGCAUGGUUUUUGCUGCUAUCAAAUGCACACCAUGGUUAAGUAAUUUGUAUAAAUUUUUAUAGAGGAUUAUAUCUGUAUACAUACUCUGUUUCUUAAUUUAGUAAAUAGGUUGCAUUGGGGAA